AUGGCUCGAGUACUUGAAGGGAAAUUCGGCAUCGUCACUGGCGGAUCGCGGGGAAUUGGCGAAGCAAUUGCCCGCAAUCUGGCCGAAAAGGGCUGCUCACUUCUUCUGAACUUCACAUCGGAGUUCUCGCGCGCUCCCACUGAAGCCCUUUGCUCCUCCCUAGCCUCGACCCAUAACAUCAAAUGCGAGAGCGUGCAAGCCGAUCUAAGCCAACCCACCGAAGCCGUGGCAGCAAUCAUCGCGGCCGCCCAAGAAAAAUUCAGCACUGCCGGAAAACUCCAGAUCAACAUCCUGAUCAAUAAUGCCGGUGUAUCGCAAGACCGGAACCUGAACGACCCCAAGGGCGCCAUCGAGGCCGAGCACUUCAACUGGCAAUACGCUAUUAAUGUCCUCGCCCCUCUCCUCCUCACACAGGCCUGUCAGCCCUUCCUCCCCACCGACCGAAGCGGUCGCAUUGUGAGCAUCUCCAGCGUAUCCUCGUCGCUUGGAUUCGUGGGCCAGUCGAUCUAUGGCGGUACCAAGGCUGCCAUUGAGGCGAUGACUCGCACUUGGGCGCGUGAGCUGGCAGACCGUGCUACUGUUAAUUGCGUUAACCCCGGCCCCGUUGUUGGUGAUAUGUACUUUGCGACUGGAGAGCAGUUCUGGAAGGAUAUCCAGGGAUACCAGGAUAACACGCCUAUGAGCAAGCUGGAUGUAAAUAAUGAGGAUACUAUGAGUCGCUUGACUGAUGAGCAGAAGCGCUUGAUUCUGGAGAAGAUGGGUGGUCGGCGACCGGCUUUCACUAGUGAGGUUGCUGGUGUUGUUGGCAUGUUGUGUACCCCAGAUGGUCUUUGGUGUACUGGCAGUGUGGUAUGUGCUAAUGGUGGUAUGAAGAUGGGACAAUAA